UCAGUUCUUCUCACAUCUUCAGACUUCACCUCAACAGAUCAAACUAGUUGUUUGCUUUGUUUCAUGGCACUGGCAGUUGAGUUGACCUUUUGAUAGUCAUUGGGUUUAGAGUUAGACUACAGAACAAGUUCCCCAAAGCUUUAGUCGUCUGCAUCUUUGUGCUGAAUUCAGUUGGACAGAGUUGAAAAAAGUAAUAGCCCGAGUUCGGGUGAGGACGCUUGGUCAAGAUGAACCUCUCCAAUGAUUCUAACGGGCCGCCGUUCUUCGUGAAUUUCAAUCAAGACACGACGUCGUUUGCUGUUGGCACUGGCGAGGGCUAUAAACUCUAUUCGCUCCAAAAUAUCGAUUCCCUGGACCAAGUUUAUGUUUAUGAUGGAGAUGAGAUCGGUAUCGUGGAGCGUUUGUUUUCAAGCUCUCUCGUUGUCCUGGUCAGUCAGGCGGAGAAUUUCAGACUAACGAUAUGCCACUUUCGGAAAGGGACAGAAAUCUGCAACUACAAGUACCCCAGUCAAAUUCGCUCCGUCCGGCUGAAUCGCGAACGCCUGGCCGUUCUCACUGACGAUUGCAUUUUUCUUCACGACAUACUGAACAUGAAGAUGGUACACACUAUACGUGAUGCUCCAUACAACGCGAUGGGUGUGUGUGCGUUAUCAACAAGCAAGGAAGCCAAUUAUCUGGCCUACCCUGGCAAAGACUCUUCUGGCCAGGUCAUGCUAUUCGACACAGUACACUUGAAGCACGCUCUCACCAUCAACGCACAUGCAUCUCCGGUUGUGGCCUUGGCAUUCAGCAUGGACGGCAAAAUGAUUGCCACUGCCUCAGAAAAGGGCACUGUCAUUCGUGUGUUCUCCACUAAGACAGCUGCGAAAAUGUUUGAGUUCAGGCGAGGCUUGAAAAGGUGUGUGACAAUCUACACGCUAGCCUUCAGCACGGACAAUGCCUUCCUGUGCGCGUCCAGUAACACUGAGACUGUGCAUGUUUUCAAACUAGACGCCACUAGCUCAGGACCUGCUGCAAGUUCAUCAGCUGCGGCGGCGGCGGCAUCACCGGAGACCGAGAAGGCCGAAGCCAGCCAAGACCAAUCUUGGAUGAGCUAUUUUGGCAGUGUAGCUCAAGCACCAGCUAGAUACCUGCCCUCGCAGUUAACCAGUAUGACAGACGGGCUAGCACAGCCGAGGGCGUUUGCGUUUGCCAAACUACCAGAAACCGGCCAUCGGACAACGUGUGCAUUCCUCUGUGCGUCGCAGGACAACCCUAUUCCGCGUGUGCUGGUGGCGUGCGGUGACGGUCACCUGUAUGUGUACAACGUCAAGCCCGAAGGAGGCCAGUGUGAUCUGGCCACCAGCCAUCUGAUCCGGCCAAGCUUGGUUGCCGAGCCCGAGCCAACACCGGAUGCUGCCACAUCCGGCAUCGUCGGUGGACUGGCUAACCUUAGUGUCCACGGCAGUCCCAGCAGCCACAGUGUCUCAGAGAGCUCAGCGGCGGCGGAAGCGUUACCGGCCACUGACCCAGCAGCAGAAGCGGCAGCAGCCUCUGCACCGGAGCAAUGCAUGGAUUAUGAGAUUUGAUGCUGCGCGUAACGAAACGGCUGACAUAUCUGUAUUGUGACUCAUCUCGCCUUGCCCUGCAACUGCUACUACUACUCAUCACUGGAUCAAAUUGACUUGCCAACAGCACUGAGUUGUGAUGUACAGAUGAUGUUGCUGUACAGAUGAUGUUGCUGUACAUACAUACCUGUGUGUGCGUGGUUGGAGUUGGUCGGUGACUUGAACAUCCUCCGUCGACUACAGUAGACCUAGUAUCCGUUCUCUCUCCGUCCGUCCAUCCAUCCAUCGUACAUCUACCGUCCUAUUCCGACGAGGAUUGCUCCAGAUUGCUUCAGUACAGGGUCACUCACUGGCGGCGGUCGUGGAGCAGGCAGCCAGCCAAAUCAUGAGAUGACCGCCUCCAGAACGUUGUGAUUGAGCUCAGCAACAGCGUGUGGCCUUCUUUACGUUCUGCGUGGCUUGCCGUUACCUAGUGCUGAUCUGCUCGCCAUGUUGGCAUGGUGAUUCGUCAAGCAAUAUGGCCGGGAGAUAUGCAGUGCCGGCCGGCUCAAUCUGUUAUGAAUGCACGCGUACUAGAGACAACGGUGUGCGUGUGUGUGUGUGUGUGUUUGUGUUUGUGUGAUGUAUCAAGAACAGCAAAGAUGCAUGCAGCCGGUACUCGAUUCCGUUCCCAUCGCCAGUCGCUGAUGCACAUAGCUUCAUGUCCGUGUCAUGCUGUUGCUGCCGUUGAAGUCAUUAUGCUGCCCUGUCGCUUACUAUUACCCCAUACGCACAACCGGACGGCACGUGCUGCCCAGCCCUUGACUGCUGCUAGCAGCUUGUGGACAUGUCAUUGCAGCUAUCCUGCUGUCACUGCUGUAUAUGCGCGAGCAGUGCGGCCAUGGUUGGCACAACAAUCCGUUGUUCGACCGUGUUCGGUGCUGUGUACCAUUAGUCCGUUGUCCACCGUGGCGGCAUCUGGCUCUAACAGCAGCACAAUGAAUAUGCCACUGGUACGGUGCUGUGCCGCUGCAUCACAGCUCCCGUUUGUCGUUCUGGAUUAUUCUCGGCGUGGCCAAUCGUUCUUGCCAAGCUUUAUGCUGUGCAGUGCGCACUCCUGGCUCUGGAACUCUAGAAUAGAGUCGUGUGUUGAGGCCGGGCACAUACCGGCUUCGCCAUUCGUCGUUGUUGAGACUCUCUGGUUUGAGUAUCAUGCAGCAAGUCCCUGUGUGUCUUGGUGAUAGCCAGUCCCUGUGUGUCUUGGUCAUAUCUUGUGAACACUGUUUGCUUCUAAUACGUUGAGAGUGCGUGCCUGCUUGUUCAUAUGUGAUACAUUGUAGACAAUCCUCUAACCAUGCUUCCUCUUUCGGUCUGCCCAUACUUUAUAAUAAUUAUUAUAAUAUUAUCUUUUUCACGGGUUCUCUCUCUCUCUCUCUCUCUCUCUCUCUCUCUCGUGUAUAUACACGCUAACAUGCCAUCCGACCCACCACACACUCCCAUAUGCUAUCUAAUCCACCGCUGACUGCUUGAAACGACGUGUAUUGCCUUCUCACUGCCCUGCUUCGUUCAAUGCUGCUGUAGGAGUAUUUUCGCUGUUUGUUUGUUUUUUGCCGAUUUCCAGACAAUGUCUUGUGUGGUGUGUUCUCCAGUCUCUUUAGCCGUUCUACUUUCUAGUCGCGUUGGGAGCGUAUACCUAGAACAAUCAGCGCUGUCUUCAAAACCACCCUUCUUGCCCCUGCCCCCCCCCCCCCCCCCCCAUAUUCUGAUUCUUAUUCCAACACCUGUGCUGAUGAACUGUUCAAAUUCCAGCUUUUAUCCUUUUCAACUCUGGAAUUUUUAUCUGGCUGCUUUAUAAUCAUUAAAUUUAUCUGUUGUGUGCUCCUGUAUACUGUGUGUCUCCCUCUCUGGGGAAUAAUCAUGUUGAGCAAGAUGUCA